GAGACAAGUGUGUGGGCUCUAGGCACACAGCUCCCAAAGUCAAGGGUUUCAGGUCACACUGGCAUGUCAUUUUACCAGCAGACGCCACGGGUCUCUUCUCAGACUGGGCAGGAUGCAAGGUCAGUGUCAGCAGACCUGACCCUAAAAAUAGGCUCUCAGAUGCCAGUCAGGGUGGCUGGGUGUGUGGCUGUUGCACACCCCACAGAUGAGCACCUCCUGACCCGGUCAGGCCCCAGCACACCCAGCUGCAGAAAGCAAAGAAAAUCCCUUGGCUCCAAAAUGACAUCCGGAGAACCAAAGACAAGCCUCAAGAAUGCCUACCUGCCUGCCAAAAAGCUGCUGCCGAGGGAGGUGGAGAUGGAGGGGGAGGACUACUGUACGCCCGGAGCUUUUGAGCUGGAGCGUCUCUUCUGGAAGGGCAGUCCGCAGUACACCCACGUCAACGAGGUCUGGCCCAGGCUCUACAUUGGCGAUGAGGCGACGGCGCUGGACCGCUACCGGCUGCAGAAGGCCGGCUUCACGCACGUGCUGAACGCGGCCCACGGCCGCUGGAACGUGGACACGGGGCCCGACUAUUACCGCGGCAUGGCCAUCGAGUACCACGGCGUGGAGGCCGACGACCUGCCCACCUUCGACCUCAGCGUCUUCUUCUACCCGGCGGCCGCUUUCAUUGACACCGCGCUCCGCUACGACCACAAUAAGAUCCUGGUUCACUGUGCUAUGGGCCGCAGCCGCUCAGCGACCCUGGUCCUCGCCUACCUGAUGAUCCACAGGAACAUGACGCUGGUGGAUGCCAUUCAACAAGUGGCCAAGAACCGCUGUGUCCUGCCCAACCGAGGUUUUCUGAAGCAGCUCCGGGAACUGGACAAGCAGCUGGUGCAACAGAGGCGACGACAGGCCCAGUGCAGUGACGACGGUGAGAAGGCCGGUGAGGGCGAGCUGGAGGGCCCGUCCGGGGCAAGCAGAGACACUUGAGAAUGGAGAGAGAAGGCUGAAUAGCUCUGGCCUGUGACUUGGUUUGUCAUGGAGAAAAGACAAUGAAACCAAAGCUUGACUUCUUCCCCAAAAUCUUAAACUCCCCAGGUGUGUGCUGAUGAACAGGAGGAUUCAAAAGAUUCCAAGCUGUCUGCUGGAUGUGUCUAGUACUUGGCUUCAUGCCAAAACGGGGUGGACAGCCUUCCCAGCAGAACUGGUUACAGACGAGCACCCAGUUCCGCACAAAGGCUGCCUGUAUUUUUUCUUUUUUUUUUUUUGGUAAGAUGGAAGCACAAAGGGAUUUAAAAAUGUGUACGCAUUGCGCUGUGAUUAAACAUUUGGCUUUGUCUGAAAGUCACAUUCUUCAAAAAUUAUUUAGAAAUAUAAAUUGACUUCCUAACCACAGAAAAGAGCCCGGGAGAACUGUGUUACUGGAGAGUUUGCACAGUUAUUAGUAAGUCCUCUUGAUGGGCGAUCUGCAUGUCCUUAUGGUUUCCUGCCUCCUCUUUUUGAUCAGGUCACUGUCCACAGAGGCUGCUCUAAGACGUGGCAGAAGGCAAUCCAUCUGGUCGGGGGGAGUUGGGGCCCUGAGUCCCAGCACAGAGGCCCCUGCUUCUCUUCAGGCAGGGCUCUUCAGAAUCUUAGCCACAGCUGCCACUACCCAGAAAAAUUCAAUGAAUUGUGGGCAAGAGUUUGACUUUGUAAUUUUGGAAAAAAGAGGGCCGAGACACUCUUCAGGGGACAGGAACUCAGGGAGGCUCCUUACAUUGUGAUUCUAGUCCAAGCAACACAGGCUUGUUUUGCGUCACACCACGAAGUAUUUGCAAAUGCGUUUGCUGUGGAAUGGGAGCACAAGGCAGCCAGGUGAGCUCAGGUGUGGAGUCCCCCCGCCCCCUCCCUCGGCCCCGAGAGCCAAGCCAGUAGCCACACUGUGUGAUUUUCAUUCUUGAGGAGAAAAACAGGCAGGCACCGAGUGGGUAGAGAAGGUGUCUGGAACCAGGAACCUUAAAGCAGGCAGGUCCCAAAGAGAGAUGCUGAUAGAGAUGCCAGCAGUCAAG